AUGCAGCACAAGCGUAUCGCCUUUGGCCUUUUGGCCGCCUUUGCCUCCCUGGCAUCUGCCGACGACUCCGAUGUUCACCAGCUGACCGAGAAGACCUUCAAGGACUUUGUCAAGGCCAAUCCCUUGGUUCUGGCCGAGUUCUUCGCCCCUUGGUGCGGACACUGCAAAGCCCUCGCCCCCGAAUACGAGGAGGCUGCUACCACUUUGAAAGAAAAGGACAUCAAGCUCGCCAAGAUUGACUGCACUGAAGAAGCUGAACUCUGCAAGGAGCACGGUGUCGAGGGUUAUCCCACCCUCAAGGUUUUCCGCGGCGUCGACAAUGUCGCCCCCUACAAUGGCCAGCGCAAGGCUGCUGCCAUCACCUCUUACAUGGUCAAGCAGUCGCUGCCUGCCGUUUCUCUCCUGACCAAGGAUACCCUCGAGGAGUUCAAGACGGCCGACAAGGUUGUUGUCGUCGCCUACCUUGCUGCCGAUGACAAGGCCUCCAACGAGACCUUCACCACUGUCGCCGAGAAGCUCCGUGACAACUAUCUGUUCGGCGGUGUCAACGAUGCCGCUGUUGCCGAAGCCGAGGGUGUCAAGUUCCCCUCUAUUGUUCUGUACAAGUCCUUCGACGAGGGCAAGAACACCUACACUGAGAAGUUUGACGUUGAGGCCAUUGAGAAAUUUGCCAAGACUGCUGCCACUCCUCUCAUCGGAGAGGUUGGCCCUGAGACCUAUGCUGACUACAUGUCCGCUGGUAUUCCCCUCGCCUACAUCUUCGCUGAGACCCAGGAGGAGCGCGACGGCCUCUCCAAGGACCUCAAGCCCAUCGCCGAGAAGUACAAGGGCAAGAUUAACUUUGCCACCAUUGACGCCAAGUCAUUCGGCGCUCACGCUGGCAACCUGAACCUGAAGACUGACAAGUUCCCUGCCUUCGCCAUCCACGAGACUGUCAAGAACCUCAAGUUCCCUUACGACCAGGACAAGAAGAUCACCAAGGACGCCAUUGCCAAGUUUGCCGACGACUACUCGGCUGGCAAGAUUGAGCCUAGCAUCAAGUCUGAGCCCAUUCCUGAGAACCAGGACGGCCCUGUUACCAUCAUUGUCGCCAAGAACUACGACCAGAUUGUCCUUGACGAUAAGAAGGAUGUCCUUGUCGAGUUCUACGCCCCCUGGUGCGGUCACUGCAAGGCUCUUGCCCCUAAGUACGAUCAGCUCGGCGAGGCGUACAAGAAGUCCGAGUUCAAGGACAAGGUUGUCAUCGCCAAGGUCGAUGCCACCGCUAACGAUGUUCCUGAUGACAUUUCUGGCUUCCCUACCAUCAAGCUCUUCCCCGCUGGCAAUAAGGACGGCGCCGUUACCUACGAUGGUGCCCGUACUGUUGAGGGUUUGAUUGAAUUCAUCAAGGAGAAGGGCAAGCACAGCGCCGCCAUCUCUUUCAAGGAGGAGAGCACCGAGGAAGCUGCCCCUGCCGCUUCGGAGAAGGCGGAGAAGGAGAAGAAGGAGGAAAAGACUGAGAAGGCCGAGGAGAAGGACGAUGAGGAUCACGAUGAGCUGUAA